AUGUCGGCGCUCGACAGGCAAGUAAGCGCUGCCUUCACAGAGCCCGAAGACGGUUUUGCUGAUGAUGACCUUCUCACUGCAGAUGAUAUAAGCGUAGACCUUAGCGGUGUUCCGCCCUCACGAUCGUUCCUGGAGAGAUUGGAUUACGAAUCAGAGUUGGGAACGGUCGAUCCGUUCGAAGAGGAUUUCUCUACUAUAGCUACACAUGAAAUAGUAGAGGUGAUCGCCGAUGGUGAUCGGGUCGGAAGGCCAAUAAUCGUCAUUUAUGCGUAUCGUCUUCCUCCUAGCAAGUCCAUAGAUCACGCGAAACUACUUCGGUAUUUGCAAUCAAUCCUCGACAAAGUGGUUGAUUUGGAUUAUACCAUAGUUUACUUUCAUUAUGGUCUGAGGAGUCACAAUAAACCCCCUAUCAAAUGGUUAUUUCAAGCAUACAAGGUGCUUGAUAGAAGAUUCAAGAAGAACUUAAAGGCAUUAUAUGUUGUGCACCCAACACGGUUUAUCCGAAUUAUUUGGGGACUCUUCCGGCCAUUUAUUUCUUCAAAAUUUGAGAACAAAUUUCAUUAUGUGAACUGUAUAAGGGAACUAGAGGAGGCCCUCUCAGUAGCGAGGCUAAAUUUGCCUCAACCAAUUCGAACACACGAUGAACAGCUAAUGUUAGGCUCUGGCCUAGCUUCAGGUGAUAAUAGAUCUCAAACUCCUCCUACUCCUCCCAGACCUACCCAGCAGUUUGGUGUCAGCCUGGAAUUUAUUUUGUCGCAUAAUCCCGACCACGAUGUGCCGCCCAUUGUCACAGAAUUGAUUGAGUUCCUAACCAAACAUGCCCUUGACGUCGAAGGCAUUUUCAGAAAAAGUGCCAACGUCGGGAGUAUUCGCAGAUUGCAAGAACGUAUUAAUAGAGGAGAGCAUAUUGAUUUUGAAAACGAUCCUGAAUACGUCGACAAUCACUACGUCGCUUGUAUACAUGCAUCGGUCUUGCUGAAGACCUUCCUGCGUUCGCUGGGCGAGCCGGUUACAACCAAUGCUCUUUAUCCACGUUUAGCUGCUCUAGCAGACGUCCCUAAAAAGGAGAAAACGCCAGCAGUCAAAGAAUUUGUCGUUCUUCUUCCUCGACCGAACUAUCUUUUACUCCAAAAAGUUGUGCAUUUCUUGACGCUGGUGGCUGCUAAUCACAAAGUUAAUUUGAUGACCGCGAAUAAUCUCAGUGUUGUAUUUGGACCCAAUCUCACAUGGCCCACAGACCAACAGGUACCUAUAGCACAGUUGAACAACUUGAACAACUUCUGCUACAGGCUCAUUGUUGACUAUGACCAGAUUUUCAAAUAA